AUGAAUCACUACGCGUCCUACGCGUCAUACUUGGAUUUGCGUCCGUUUUGUUGGUCAUCUUUCAAGCGUGGUCAUGAUCGUAGGAUUCCUGCAUUCGUACGGAGAGCAGUAUGUGAGUCUUUUUGGCCUCUUAUUGAGACUGAAAUCGUGCCUCCAGCAUUCUGCGAAAAGUUUGCCGAGACGGCUUCCUACGAAGAAUGGCUGGCCACCUACUGCGAGCCCAGGGGCAGCGUCCUGCGCUUCCAGAAAGCCGGGCCGGAUCGGCAAACGUGGAAGAAGCAUCACCAAGGUUGGACCGAGACAGCAAUCGCCGGCGAAGCGGCGAGCUUUGACCCCCAGCACAAGAGUGACCCCUGUUCGCAAAAAGACGGAUCCGACGUGCCACAGAACAGGUCGGACCAAUGGGACAGGUCCGACGUGCCUGAACACACGUUGGACCAACAACAGGCCAAUCGCCAGGGCUGCGGCCUCCCUCUCUCCAGCAUCGCCACUCAGCACGUCUCCACACACGCACGAACGUACGUGCAGGGAAAGCCUUUCAGUUGUCUCAUCUGCCAGAAGACCUUUGCGUACAAGGGCAGCCUCCAUGUUCACCAAAGGGUCCACACGGGGGAGAGGCCUUUCAAGUGUGGCACGUGCGGGAGUGCGUUUAGGCACAGCUCCAACCUGAAGGAGCACAAGAGGAUACACACCGGAGAGCGGCCGUACAGGUGCGAGGUCUGCGGAAGGACGUUCUCGCAGAUAAGCCAUCUGAAGGGACAUCGACAGAGAUGCCACAAGUGCUAGGCCCGCAACCCGUGAUACUUGUGGCAAGACUGGUUUUGAGCUCAGCAGCACAUUCAUACCUGUUUAAUGUGGGUCGCAAGAUUGUCACCUUCUUUUUGCAGGGGUUGUGGUGACGUGCCUCGAGGUCUGCCCCCAUCCUUCAAUCUGAGCACUGCGUUUUCACGUCACUACAACCCCUGCAACAGAAGCAGACGAACUUGCGCUAUAUAUAGGCAUGCAUCUGCUCCAUUUCUGAGCAGUAGGGUUUGCAUGGUUGUGAUGCUUUAUGGCAUAUUUUGCAUUUAAAGGAAAACAAAUGACAGGGGAGCCUCAAGAGACUGCCAGUUUAAUCUUUCUUGACACGAUAAAUAUAACUAAUACCAUAACCACUUUUGCUGUUUUAAAUGUGAAAGCAUUAACUGUCGCAUGGAAUGAACCGACGUCAUCAGCCUUGAAACCACGCCAAACGUUGGUCAAACGGCACCUAAAAUCCCCUUUCCCAAGUGAGGCCGAUUUCUGAUGGAUUAUGCUCCCAUUGGUUGGAGUGCUUCAUCAAGGAACGAGGCUCCCAUUGUUCCAAAAGACGUCACCAGAGAAGCCCUCUCCAUGGCGGCGCAGCACGUGCAGCGGCCCGGCCGACGGUGCAGGCCUGGCAGCAGAGCCCGCUUGUGCAAGCUCUGGAGAGGCUGCACGGCCGAGCUCAGCGCAGCGUGGCCACUUCACGAGAGCGUGUGCUCAACUGUCGGUCGGGGAAACAUGGCUGUCCACGCCACUACGCCGCAGACAAACUAAGGGAGCAAAAAAACGACAUUCAUGCUUUCGCAUUCACAACUCAUAAGUGUUUAUGUGUCUUUCGUCUUUUUUUGUUUUUUUACAUUUAUAAACUAGCUGCUUCAGGUGGAGUCUUGGAAUUGUCUGCACUGUUAUUUCUGUUAUUUAGAGGUUGGCAUAACUGCAUAUUUUAAAGCUUUCUUUUGGGCAUGCAUGAAGUUGCAUUUUCACUUGUCAUACCUUCAUCCAUACAUGUAGAUAAGUGGAUAUGGAGGGAGACCCUAUAAAGGAACUAACCGGCCAAACGCA